AUGGGCGCGAAUUUCAAGACCGAGGAGAGCCAGCGCCGUCUGCUGACUGCAGUCAUUGCAGCACACCCUGAGCUCAAACUUAACUUCAAAGCCAUUUGCGAACACUAUGGUCCUGAGGACUGGGGCAAGGAUGGCAUUGAGCACUUCUUCCGUCCCCUGAAGAAAGACGCGGCUGAUGUUCGCAAAAUGGUCAAAAAUGGCGAACCAGCUAAGAGCUACUUUGACAACAAGGCGUGGCAAUUCCGCAGCAUCAAGAAACAAGCUGAGGCUAUGAGACAGGGAAAGGGCGGCGCCGCUCCUACUGCCAGCAGCGCUCCGGUGACCCCAAAGGCGGGUCGCAAGCGUGCCGCCACCUCAGCGCCGUCAACCGGAAAGUCGACCGCCAGCAAGAAGGCCCGUGGGAGCGUCACCAAGGCCGUCCAGCCCACCAACGUUAUUAACCUGGACGAUGAGGACGACGAUAACGAGUUCCCCCCGAUCCCGCUGGACACCCCGAUGAAAGGGCCCCGCUUCACAGAGGACUACGCGGCACGAUUCUACGGCACCGAUACCCAGACUCCGGCCCUGGACACGACGCAGGCCGAUACUCCAAACGAAGAUGAGGACUUCAAGCCUCACACGCCCAGCGACGCUGCCGCUUUUUCGUUCAGCCAAGCUCCGUUCUCCUCUGGUGGUGGCGGUGGCGGUGGCGGCGGCUACAACCUCGACACCUACCCCAUCAACCAGCCCUCCUUCGCUGCCACCUCUGGAUACUCGAAGACCUGGACGAACGACGAAUAUGAUGACGAGGUCUAA